UCCUUCGUGUGAUUGUGAUCGCGAAGUGUGCUGUGGAAUUACGAAAGAAAAUGUCUCCACUAUCCCUAGUGGGGAUACUAGUCAUCCUCGCCCCCUCCCUCGCGGACGUGUCUCACGUCCUCGACGGUUCGGCGCACCCCCCCGACCCCCAAGCCGUCAACCAUCUCGCCACCCCUGGUCAAUACUGGUGGAUGAACUCCGAUUCGCCCCUAAAGGCCGCCUACGACUAUUACAAAAAAUGCAACGCUAAAGGCAACUGCAUCACACCUGUGAAUCCCGACGCCGCCCCCCAACCCUUCCGGCCCCAACCCCUCGACGUCAAACACAACCCUUUCCUCAAUGGUAACUACGACCCUAAACAAAACACCGCUAAUGUGAACGAGGGUGGAAUUGAUAUUUCAAAAAACCCGUUUUUGAGCGGGAAAGUCGUAACCAGUGGCGGCGGUGAGGCUGUUGUUAAGGGGCAAGAUGGGUUUUUGGGGGUGCAACCGGCUCAACCGUUCAAAAAGCCGGGCUUUGCCACCACUCAUCCUUUGGAAGCGAAGAAAAAACCCGGAUUUGACACAAGUCAUCCCAUAAAACCAGGGACGGCGUGUAAGGGGGCCGGAUUUGGUUGCGUUGAUAAGAAGUUGUGCGUCAAUGGAGUGGUGAAUAAAAAUGGCGAAGGAUUGUUGCAGACGAGGAGUGAUGUGCAUUAUUGUGCCGACGAGGAAGUCUGCUGCCAACUUAAUAACUUGAACGAAAUCACAGCUGGAAAGAGUUCAGUUCCUGAAUCAACGAUUAAAUUCGCAGGAGGCGCUGGUUUCAGUCCAGGAUUCAUCCAUGUUCAACCCUUAAAUGUUCAACCAGAUAUAGUUUUCGCUGGAGAACAUGGACACCACUCAAGCUCCAGUACCUCAAAAUCGAUCAGAGAUACCUCCUUGAGCCCCAAUUCGGUAUUUUCAAGCACAGUCGAUUAUAGUGAUACGAAAUUUGACAGCGAUGUGAGAUUCGCAUCGACUUUCCAAGGACCGGCUUAUCUGCCCCCAGUCGCCCCAACUACCCCUUCUAAACUAAAACCCUUCGAACAAUCGAGCAUCGACAACCAAUAUGUCACACGACCCACCCCGCCUAAAUACGUACCCCCGAGUCCGACGAUCCCGACCCCAUCUCCAACAUAUAGGCCUACCCCAUCUCCAACAUAUAGGCCUGCCCCAUCUCCAACCUAUAGACCUGCCCCAUCUCCCUCGUAUAGACCUGCACCGUCUCCAACGUAUGCGCCGGCACCAUCUCCAACAUACAGGCCGACCCCAUCUCCGACCUACAGACCUGCCCCAUCUACAAGUAGAGAAUAUUUGCCCCCAGUUUCGCCCACUUCAAGACCAAGCACCCAGUAUCAACCCUCAUAUCAACCACCUCAAACAACAUCAAGGCCAUAUCAACCUCCUCAGACUACACCAAGACCGUAUCAACCCCCUCAAACAACACCAAAACCGUAUCAACCACCAUAUCAACCUCCCCAGACAACACCAAGACCGUAUCAACCACCAUAUCAACCUCCUCAAACAACACCAAGACCGUAUCAACCACCUCAAACAACACCAAAACCGUAUCAACCGCCUUAUCAACCACCUCAAACAACACCAAAACCGUAUCAACCCCCAUAUCAACCUCCUCAGACUACACCAAAACCGUAUCAACCGCCUUAUCAACCUCCUCAAACAACACCAAAACCGUAUCAACCCCCAUAUCAACCUCCUCAGUCUACACCAAAACCGUAUCAACCGCCUUAUCAACCUCCACAAACGUCAUUACGUCCAUAUCAACCUCCGCAAACAACACCAAGGCCUUAUCAACCUUCGUAUCAACCUUCAACUUCUAGACCAACCACAAGUCGGGAGUAUUUACCCCCACAGCCGUCUUCUCCAAGACCUCCAAGUCCGUUCAUACCCCAACAAACUACCCCUAGACCAACAUAUCAACCCCAACCGCGUCCAACGCCUCCUCCAUAUAGACCUAGUCCCCAACCAAGCUCCACUCCUGGAUAUCAAUACCCCAGUCCUAGUCCUCAACCACCACGUCCGACCCCACCACCAUUUAGACCAAGUCCGUCAAUUCCUCAACCACGCCCCACUUCUCCUCCAUUCCAACCACAACCAAGUCCGACUCCUGGUUACCAAUACCCCACUCCAAGUCCCCAACCACGUCCCACGCAACCUCCUUAUCGUCCUACUUCUCCUCCAUUCCGACCAACUCCAUCCAUACCUCAAUUCCCGUCACCUUCGAUUCCUCAAUACACUCCAGCGCCACCUCAACCUCAACGACCAACUGGCGGUUAUGAGUACCCCAAACCGACCCCAACUUUCGGUUAUCCCACACCUAGGCCCGGUGGUUCUAGCAGUAAUGUCGAUAACCAAUAUGUACCCCCUCCUAAGAAACCCACUGAGGGUGACCAGAAUUCCGAUGCUGCCAACCUUGACGGUACUAUUUUACGACCGACGACCCCCCGAACCCAAUUUCAAGGUGAACUCAACACAGCCCCUCCACCGGGAUGUGCCGCUGCUCUUAAAUGCGUACAAGAAAUCUACUGUACCGCAGAAGGGGUCAUUUCUCCAGUACCAGUCGUACUAACAAAAGAACAAGAAUUGAGCCGAGUACCGACGACUGUUUGUCAAGAUACCGAAUCGGGUAUCAUCGGAAAGUGUUGUCGCGACCCCAACUAUAAAGAUCCAUGGCCAUCUGCGAAUCUCGUAAAUGGGGUAGACGAUGGGCAAUAUAAAGAGGACGACAGUAUCGGUCAAUAUUCACCAGAUUUGCAAAGAAAUGUCAGAUCAGAAAAAGGGGGCCCUCGACAAGACGCCUCAAACAUCAACGUAAACGUACAACAACCCCAACCAACGUGUGGGGAAAGACACCAAAACACCAACCCGAAAGGCCCGGGGCCCCUUGAUGUCAAUUUCGCCGAAAUCCCAUGGCAGGCCAUGGUUUUAAGGGAUUCGAAUCGCAGUCUUUUGUGCGGGGGGGCUAUAAUCAGGCGGAAUGCGGUCAUUACCGCCGCCCACUGCGUCGAAGGGCUUGAAACUAGUGACAUUUUGGUGAAAGGGGGCGAAUGGAAGCUGGGCAUCGACGAGGAACCUCUACCUUUCCAGAUUAUAAAGGUGGCAGUAGUGGUGCAGCACCCGCAGUACCAACCUGGUUCCUUCCUCAACGAUUUGGCCCUCCUGGUCUUGGAGGAGAAAUUCCGGCCAUCGAAAAAUAUCGGGACUUUGUGUCUCCCUCCCCCUAACCAAAUCCCAACCGAAAAUUGCAUAGCCACCGGUUGGGGUAAAAGAAUUCUCCAACUUCACGCCAAAGGUGCGAUUAUGCAUUCGAUAAACGUCAAUGUUAUGGAUAAUCAGCAAUGUCAAGAGACUCUAAAGAGCAAAUUCCAACACGCGGUGGGAAAUCACAGUCCGAACACGCUGUGUGGCUACUCGAAUAUCGACCAGUGCAAGGUGGACUAUGGUAGUGCAUUGGCUUGUAACACCGAUGGUCGGUAUACCCUCUCGGGGAUCUACUCGUGGGACACGGGGUGUAAACAAGAAGGCCAGAUUGGCGGCUAUGUAGCCCCCGACGUUGAUUGGAUCAAAUCGACGCUAGCUAAGCCAAUCACAGAGCUCAAAAAACUCGAAAAUUAGUGAGAUUAAGACAAGGUUAAUAAUCAGGGAGGAAAUCAAGUUACGAGGGUUAAGCAUCGAAAAUCGAAAAACUGCCAUAUUGGACCGUGUAAUAUAAUUCUAAUUGUAAUUAUUUGAUUUUUUAUUUAAUUAGGAGUGUAAUACUUAUUUAGGUUAGAUAUUUAUAACCAACAUGGUAAAUAAAAUUAUUUUAAUAUAAA